AUGGUCUUCUCUCGAGCAUUCACGCGGCGCGCGGCGCUCGCCCGGCAACCUGCCCGACCCAACAUAGCCAGCCGACGCACAAUGAUAGCUGCGCCAGGUCCGAACGCAGGACCACUACUGGAAAGACGAGCGGACCGCGAGCUGCCGAACCCGAACCCAGGCCGAAAGUGGCUUUACACACUCCCGAUCUUCAUUAUUGCGACGGGAGCAGGCAUGCUUGGAAUCUUCAAUUACCAGAAGUCGUCGUCGAGCAUCGUGAACAGCACGCUGUAUGCGCUGCGGACGUCGCCGCGGGCUCGCGAGAUUCUAGGCGAUGAGAUCUACUUCGCGCAGCAGAUUCCGUGGAUCAGUGGCGAGAUGAACCAAUUGCAUGGCCGCAUUGAUAUCUCGUUCUGGGUUAAGGGGACGAAGUCUCAGGGCAGGAUGAAGUUCAGAAGCAUUCGGCCCGAUCGUAUGAGCUAUUUCCGUACUGAGGAAUGGAGUCUGGAGACCGAGGAUGGAACGGUGGUUCAAUUGCUCGACAAUGAUAGCGAUCCCUUCCGGAAGAACUGA